GGAUGGAUGCUGGAACACAAAUAUUUUACUCUUACGCUCUCUGCAUUGGGUGCCUUACAGCAUUGGGAAGCUACAAUAAAUACAACAACAACUGCUACAAAGAUUGUGUUUACCUGUGCCUGCUGAACAGCGGAACCAGUUUUGUAGCUGGCUUUGCCAUCUUUUCAGUUUUGGGCUUCAUGGCCUUCGAACAGGGGGUCGAUAUCUCAAUGGUAGCAGAGUCAGGUCCUGGCUUGGCCUUCAUUGCGUAUCCACGAGCUGUAGCUAUGAUGCCUCUGUCUCAGCUGUGGUCCAUAUGUUUCUUCCUCAUGAUUAUUCUGCUGGGGCUUGACAGUGAGUUUGUGGGUUUAGAGUCUCUCAUGACAGCCAUAACAGACAUGCACUCCAACUUCUUCCUCCAAGGACAUCGUCGUAAACUCUUCCUCCUCCUCAUUUGUGUGGGCUGCUUCCUCGUUGGCCUCCUGAUGGUAACCGAGGGUGGCCUGUAUAUCUUCCAAUUAUUUGAUUACUAUUCCUGCAGUGGAAUGACCCUCCUCCUAUUUGCCAUUGCACAGUCAAUAUGUAUUGGCUGGUUUUAUGGUGCUGAUCGUCUGUAUGAAAAUAUUGUAGACAUGAUCGGUUAUCGUCCUUUGACACUAAUGAAAUACAGUUGGAAAUAUAUCACUCCUAUUGUGUGUAUAGGCACAUUUGUCUUCUCUUUGGUCAAAUUCACUCCUCUGAAGUUUAACAACACAUUUGAAUACCCAUGGUGGGGUUAUGCUGUUGGCUGGUGGUUUACCCUCUCCUCGACAUUGAUGGUUCCCAUAUGGAUGAUCUAUGUCAUCAUUAUCACUCCUGGUACACUGAAACAGAGACUGCGUAUCCUUUGCACUCCAGCAAGCGAUCUACCUUUGACAUCGGAAAGACGAAAAGAAACCCUGUGACCCCAACAGACAGUACAACAUGUCCCAUGACUGAUAGAGAAACAUUGGGGGACAAAAAACAUCCUUGGGCUGUAUUUUGGACAACUUUUGAUAUCAUUAAUGCCUUUGAAGGUACACAUUCUCGUGAGAUCUCAAGAAAGCACAAACACAAACUGUACAUGACUGUUUUAUAAGUUAUUGAAUUUUCCUAACUUAUAUUCUCAAUUGCAAGCAACUAAAUGUGGAUUUAAACUGGAAAUUAAAAAUAUAAGCUCAACUUCCAUGUUCAGCUGUAUCUGAGGAAAACUCAGUUUGACGUCAUCAACGUCUAGCAUCGUUGGCUAGCAUCAACAGCUUGCUGUAUCAUAACCAUUCACAAGAUAUCAGUUCUUCUGAAGAAGAUAGCAAAAAAACAGUUUUUUU